UCCAAGGAAAGCUGGGGCUGCACGAUGUUUGCAGGGGAAGCGUGAACACAAAGAAACCACAGCCGUCGGAUUGGGGAAGAACAAAAGACAAGAUAUCUCAAACCAAGUCAUGGACCCGAUUUAUGCCAACAGUUUAAAUUAAGAACAGUCUUGAUUUUCUAUUUCUAUCCAUAUUCGAACCAUUAUUUACAUGGCAUAUGAUAGGAGGGGGACAUUACACUGUCGUUAUCCAGGAGAGAGUGAAGCUUGAGCGGUGAGACGUUGUUCUAGUGUUUCCCGAUGGCUUGGUGUUCGUGGGCAGUGCUCUCUCUCUGCCUAACCGUGGUCCUGGUUCCUCUGUAGCGUUUGGGACGGGCAGGGACUGGCGGGUUGACGGUUGAGGACGAUGACUGUCUUGGAGGCUGCUAGUUGACACAGAGGAGAGGAUUCAACGGAAUCUGACUGGGCAUAUCUCUUGUACAUGCUGGGUCGUUACGGAGGACUUACUGAUCCAAAGGUCUGGGUUCAGAGCAACGUAGCAGUUGGUGCAGUGGAACGAGAGGGAUUGAAGGCCUCCCUCGUCUGUCUGUUUGAGGCCUCAGACCUUAAUGAUGCCAUAUGGUGGAUCCUUUUGGAUGGAUAACAUCGCUCCCUGAUCCUCCCUGUCCCGGCCCACCUAUACAACCCCUAACCCCUGACCCCCCCCCAUCCCUUAACACCCUAGUCACCAUGACAUCUACAUCCUGGCCUCAGCUGCUGGCCUUCAAACUGGCCCCUCCACCACAUGACCCGGGGAGCCCAGAGAGGAUCGUCAGCUGUGACGAGGAGAUAGAGCGUCGCUAUGAGAUCGUUCCCUCUGUGGCCUGCUCCAUGUGCUGCCUCUUCGGUAUCAUAUACUGCUUCUUUGGUUACCGUUGUUUCAAGGCGGUGAUGUUCCUAACAGGCUUGAUGUUUGGCUCUGUCAUCAUCUUUCUGCUGUGUUAUAAGGAGCGUGUCCUGGACACUCAGCUGAGUGUGGAGGCCUCGGUGGGCAUCGGCCUGGGCAUCGGUACCCUCUGUGGCCUGGUCACCAUGCUGGUACGCUCUGUUGGACUAUACAUGGUGGGGCUGCUUCUGGGACUACUGCUGGGCAUCGCCUCACUGGUGGUAAUGGAGGAGUUCCACCAUCCCCGGACGGUGUGGGUGCCCCUGGGCGUGUUGUUGGGGUCAGGCAUGCUGUUUGCCGUCCUCACCCUCCAAUGGCAGCGCUUCUUCACCACCCUCUCAACCGCUGUGUUUGGCUCGGCUGUCAUCACCGUCACUGUGGACUACUUCAUCGAACUGUUUGCCCUUGUCAGAUACAUAUUUGAGAGGAUCAAGGUGGCUCCACCCCGUCCUGUCUGCUGGUUCACCUGGGUCAUCAUGGGGGUGUGGCCUGUACUGGCAUUGCUGGGGGUCCUCAUCCAAUGGAAGGUCACCGCCGAGGGUUACUCACACACUGAGGUGGUUCUCAGUCGACAGCAGCGGAGGGUCCAGUUGAUGAGGAUCCACCAGAAGGAAGAGAGGAUGCAGAAAGAAGUGAGGAAGAAGAAGAAGAGACAGAAGCAUCAACAACAACAGAAGCAGCCGGAGCAGCUCCAGCAUCAGCAGUACCACCGCCCUCCUCCUCCACCUACCUACCCUCCUCCUACCGCCACCAACACCACCACCACCACCAACAACAACAAACCCCUCCUCCCUGAGCCUAUCACCUACCACAGGAAACCAAACCCCAUUCGACGCUUCGAUGGGGACGUGCUGUCUCCUAGUUACAUCGCUAGUUUCCGGGACAGACAUGUGGACAGACGGGAUUACCCUCACCACGGCAGGCCCAUCGCCAGGCACCACAUGGCUGACCGAGACUACGACUGUGGAUCCCAAGUACCCCUGACCGCCCCCAAUGGACCGGCUGUACGAGUUUGACAUUGACAACAACCUUUAUAUCCUGUGACAGUGCUCCUACUGGUUUGGAGUGGUACUGUUUUGUCCAGUGAAGCUCUCCGGUGUCCAGAUUGAAUGUUAAUCUCUGAACGAAUGUUGAGGUGGAUAUAGAAGGUUGAUGUCACCCGUUCUCUUUUCUUUUACCCCCAGACUGAGAUUGACCUUUGAACCCUGGACUGACUUAUUCUGAGGGGGGGUGGGGGGGGGGUCAUAGAAAUGAAAGGCUUUUUGAUGUCUUCCGUCGUCCUCUCUUCCAUUCCCGUCCUUUAGUCUGUGGUUUACAUCGGCUGUGGAACAUAUAAACCCUGCUGUGGUUCCCUACGUCUCAGCUCUUAAAGACAUCUAUUUUUUGGGGGAGCAUUACAAUUCCCCUGAACACGUAUGUCAAUACCUGUAUAGGGUCUUAAAAGGUGGAAGGAUGCGUUAACAUUACCAGUAAGACGUUAACUUCCCUGGAAAUAUGUCACGACAGUUGAAAUACCAUAUUCUCCUACUGUGAUAUGUGGUCUAGUGUUGUGUGUCUAAGAUCAUUGUACUGUGUUUGUCUACUGCCCCACGGUCCAUUAUUAGUCCGCACUAAGUCUCUUUAUUCUGCUCAUCUUAAACAUGGCUAAGAGAUGUUACCUUUACAUCGACUGUAUUAUUCAAAGAAACCUGCUAUGGCUUCGAUGUUGCCUUUACUGGCCUUGUGGGGGAGAUGGAGUACAAAUCACCUGCUAUUUCUCCCCUCUCCCCCUUCUCCUCUCCCCCUUCUCCUCUCCCCCUUCUCCUUUCCUCUCCCCCUUCUCCUCUCCCCCUUCUCCUCUCCUCUCCCCCCUCUCCUCUCCUCUCCCCU